GCUCAUCCAUACGGAGCGUUAAAGCCAAUCUGCGUUUUCUUCCUUCUGCGGAUUUUCUUUCGUCCCGGAUCGGAUCUCGGAUAUCAUCCGGCCUAUUAUGUGAUCCGCAUUUAAAAUGAGUCUGGUGGAAUGAGAAGACAGGUCAUGGGCAGAUGAUGGACGUUGAGUCAUCAUACUCGGAUUUCAUUAAUUGUGAUCGCACGGGCCGCAGGAACGCAGUGCCGGACAUUAAGGGAGACGGAACAGCGGUGGGCACCAGUGAACUGACCAAAGACAUGGCUCAGAUAGACCUGAAGGCAGGAGAGGCCGAUGCUGCCGGGGCUCCUGCCGCCGAAGCAGAAGCCUCGAGUAGUCAGGAGCAAGCUAAAGAAGGAGCAUCUUAAAGAUGAAGCAGCUAAAAGGGGAGAACCAGCACCUCCUCCUCUCUCGUUCCCCCACACUGUGUGCGGUGAGGAGCUGCUCUGAGACGGGCAUACUCCAUGUGCCUGAACGCGCUUGCGUCCUUGACAGACUCCUGGAGAAAUCUCUACACAGAACGGAUUUGCCAUGUACAACAACACACUCCAUGUUGCGUUUAUUCCUGCCAUUCCUUAGAGGGAGCACUGACUUUUUGAUGCCUUUUCCACUCUGAACAUGAAUUAUGUGGAAAAUAUGAGACCCUGGGUUCAGAACUUCAUGAUCUCAAACCAAGAAAUACCAAAUAACACACGUGCUGAGGAUUCUGAAUCAAUUUGAUAGUUUUUUUGUUGUUUUUUUUUAAAAACGAUAACCGGCAUAGUUUAAUAAACUGGGAAAAUAUUAAUUUCCUAAUAUUCCCCGAGGUCAAUAGUUUUGUGUUUCUGUACUACAUUAUAUACUUUAGUGUAUGUAACAUUAUUAACUAUAUUUAUAUAGUACGAGUCAAAGCUUUUUUUGCGCCCUCAAAAAACUGCAUUUGUUUUUUCCUUUAUAUUGUAUGUACCUCAAUAAAUGCGAAUGACAUUACAAUUUUAUCUGUUUUAUGAGUUCACACUACAUAGCUAUCUAUGGUAAAUCAUCCAUGAAUAACUUGAUUAAAAUAUGUGCUCUUGGUAAUUAGACAAAGUUCAAUAUAGUUCGAUGUUUUCGCAGUUAUUUCCGUGCCUGCUUGAAUACACUUUUAUAUC